AUGGAUGUCCCGCUGAGCAAGGUUGGCAAAGUUCGGUCCCUCAUCUUCACCAAUGCUCGCUGGCCACAGUUCAGGUCGAGCGAACUCGCCAACACCCGCCGUCACGCGGAACAUCGCCCAGCUCCCAAUGAUGGCACUUUGGUGUGCCGGUGGAAAUUCAAGAUCUACUCAGUUCCACAAGGGAGAUCGAAGAAGCCGGUCGAAGAGGUCCUCGAGAGGAUCGGCGUCACCGAAGUCAACAAUCCGCACUACCGCGUGGAAGACGUCCGUCUCUCGCAACAAUGGCGAGGUGAAGUCACUCCGGGUGGCUCCUGGGCUGCUGGCAGCACCCUACCCAAAAGCGAGGAACACGGCAAUAUGGCCCCUACUCCUCGUCGAAGCGGACAAAAGUAUGCAGAGAACCAGCAUAUCCGCGUCGAUGUUCUACACCUCUCCCCGCCGUGCCAACCCUUCUCUCCUGCGCACACGCGCCCAAGCCCCCAAGACGAUGAGAAUAUCUUUGCCCUCUACUCAUGCAACGCCCUCAUUGACAAGGUGCGCCCACGGAUCAUUACAGUUGAGGAGACAUUUGGUCUUCCAAUGCAGCGCCAUCAGGACUAUUUCCAUGGCUUCCUUAACGACUUCACCCAGUAUGGAAGACUCAUCAUGAUUGCAGCUGCCCCUGGGGAGAAGCUGCCACAGUUUCCAGAGCCUACCCAUUCCGAAGCCUGCGGACAGGGUCUCAAGAGCUACAAUACCAUCAAGAGGGCAAUCGCUGGUCUCCGUCCCACGGACGACCUACAUGACCUCGCUCGGGUUAAGCGAUUCUAUCCACACAAGGGGCGGUAUAACCCCGACAAACUGGGUAGCACUCUCACGACUGGAGGUGCAGACUUCGUCUACUUUGACGGCACUCGGGACUUCACUUUACGCGAGAUUGCCUGCUUGCAAGGCUUCCCGAAGAACCACCAAUUCAUCGGUAGUAUUACCGCUGUGAAGCGCCAGAUUGGAAAUGCCUUUGCUCCAAACACCGUCAAGAUACUCUACCAACACGUUGAGAAAUGGCUCCUGAAGGAAGACAAUAAGUUCGAGUACAAGCCAGCCCCGCAGAACAUUGUGUUGCUUGACGACGACUUGGACAGCGACUCAUCUCACACGAGCUAUCAAAGCAGCUCCUCUCCAGAACCGGAUAUGAUGGACCUCACUGAGGAUGUCAUGAUCAUCGACACGGACGAGGCACCCAGGAGCCGUAUAUCACGCCGACGCAUUCAAUCAGUGCGCUCUCGCAUUUGGGAUGAUGAAGAUGAUCUUGUUGAUGCUGUCAUGAUCGACCUCACAUGA